GACGCAAGUGCUUGCGCAACUGAACUUGAGAGAAACAUGGCGGCCUCCAUCAGGGCACUUGCCCUUAGAUUUUUCUCAGAUUCUACGCGAAAUAUUCCUCAUGUUUCAGGGUGUCGAAUCAAACAUUUGUGCUGUCGUGCUGGGAUCACAGGGUGUCGCGGAUAUAGCGAUAGCACAGAGGGCAGAAGUACGCACUUUGGUUUCCAAACAGUCCCAGAGGGGGAGAAAGCAGAGAAAGUAUAUAAGGUGUUUGAAAGUGUGGCCAAAAAGUAUGACGUGAUGAAUGAUGCCAUGAGUUUGGGAAUACACAGACUGUGGAAAGACACACUGCUGCACAUCAUGAACCCCCAGCCGGGGCUACGACUACUAGACACAGCUGGUGGCACAGGUGACAUCUCUUUUCGCUUCCUGGAGUACACUCGCUCGAUGUAUGAUCGUCAGCAGCGGAUAAGAGCGAAAUCCCAUCAGACACCAUCAUGGCAGGACAUCGCCGAUCAUUAUGUGUCCGACGAUGCAGGGCCUCCACAGUCGCGGGCCGUGGUGUGUGACAUCAAUAAAGAAAUGCUCAAAGUUGGAAAACAACGAGCGGAGAAAGCAGGAAUCACUACAGGUCUGUCAUGGGUCGUAGGCAAUGCAGAAGAGCUUCCAUUCGAUGACGAUCAGUUUGACAUAUACACUAUUGCGUUCGGCAUCAGAAAUGUGACCCACAUAGAGCAAGCUCUACAAGAGGCUUUGCGUGUCCUUAAGCCAGGUGGACGGUUCAUGUGUCUAGAAUUCAGCAAAGUGACCAACCCUCUUCUCGCAAGGCUGUACGAUACAUAUAGUUUUCAGAUGAUCCCUGUGUUGGGUGAAGUGAUCGCUGGAGACUGGAAAUCAUAUCAGUAUUUGGUGGAGAGCAUCCGAAAGUUCCCAGACCAGGAAACAUUUAAGGAAAUGAUUGAGGAUGCUGGCUUCUUCUGUGUCCAGUAUUUUAACCUGACUGGAGGAAUCGUUGCGAUUCAUUCAGGAUUCAAGCUCUGAGUGUCUACCGCACAUACACAAUGAGUAUCGCUUUCUCUCCAAAUGAACUCUGACAAGAGAGAGUGCUGUUCUACAAACAAAGUGAGGACAGUAAAAUCAGAACACUUGUGCAACAGACACUGGGUCUUAGGAAACUCAGCAUGAAUAGUCCUUUGUUCUGUUGGUAUAUGGAAAUAUUUCACCCUUUGAAGUGAAAAUGGAAGAGAUUAAAAUGUUCUUUAAAGUGUUGUGGGUUUGAGUGAUAUGUUUGUCUGAGAUAUUGAAAAUGUUAAAGGCUGAUGAAAUGUGAGCACUAUUUUUAUUUGUACAAGCUGGACAAUGUUUGGUUUUUGGUCAUUGAGAAGCACAUGCUGACCUAAUAAAACAAAAAAAAGAUUAAA